UUUUAGAAACAGAAUGAGCGAGUGAGAGUUACACACUGACAAGCUGUUAGUUCUCAAUGAGGAAAUUGAAACACUUUGCAUCUGGAAGCCUUGGAGACAAGUUCAAGAUUCAGGCAUGAAGUCACAGAGAGGGCCGUGCAGCUGGGGGAGUGGAGACUGAGAGCAGCUUCAGUAAAGCUCAUCUGCUUUAUCAGGAUGGGCUGUGCUUGCAGUGGCCAGAAACAAGUGAGUGAGGAGUUCUUCAAAGGAAAGCAAAAUGCUUACACCUCCCACCCGUCCAAUCACGGGCCAAGUGGAAACUCGGAUUAUGAUGAAGCUGUGUUUGUGGCACUGCAUGACUUCAAAGGGACCAAUGGCAGCGAUCUAUCUUUCAAAAAGGGCGACAAGUUGAAGGUUUUACAGGCAAAUGGAGAAUGGUGGGUGGCUCAGUCGUUGACAACUGGCGACGAGGGCUUCAUACCGUGUAACUAUGUAGCCCGAGCAGAUACACUGGAGGUGGAGAAGUGGUUUUUCAAGGACUUGAGUAGGAGGGAGACUGAACGGAUGCUUUUAGCCCCCGGAAAUAAAACGGGUGCCUUUCUUGUCCGAGAGAGCGAGACGAGUAAAGGGUCUUUCUCGUUGUCAAUCAGGGAUUAUGUACCAGACCAGGGAGAUGUGGUAAAACACUAUAAGAUCCGCUGUCUGGACAAAGGAGGCUACUACAUCUCCCCCUCCAACACAUUCCCGUCCCUACAUGACCUGGUUCAAUACUACAGCCGGACAUCAGACGGCUUGUGUCAGCAGCUCUACGCUCCCUGUAAGCCCAAAGCCCCGCAGCAGCCAUGGGCACAGGACGAGUGGGAGAUUCCCCGAGAGACCCUGAAAAUGGUGAAGAAACUUGGGGCCGGGCAGUUUGGAGAAGUGUGGAUGGGUUACUACAAGAACACACAGAAAGUUGCUGUCAAGACGAUGAAGGAGGGAACGAUGGAGCCCGAGGCCUUCCUCCAGGAGGCGAACCUGAUGAAGAAGCUGCAGCAUGAGCGACUCGUGCGCCUCCACGCCGUGGUCACGAUGGAGCCCAUUCUUAUCGUCACUGAGUUCAUGAUCAAUGGAUGUCUUCUGGAUUUUCUAAAAACAGAUGAAGGGAAAAAGCAGAAGCUACAUAAACUGAUCGACAUGUCAGCCCAGAUCGCUGAAGGCAUGGCGUACAUCGAAAAGAACAACUACAUCCACAGAGACCUGCGUGCGGCCAACAUCCUGGUCAAUGAGACGCUGCACUGUAAAAUAGCAGACUUUGGCCUGGCAAGGAUCAUCGAGACAGAAUACACAGCUCAAGAAGGUGCAAAAUUCCCCAUUAAAUGGACAGCUCCAGAGGCCAUUAACUUUGGCACCUUCAGCAUCAAAUCAGAUGUGUGGUCCUUUGGGAUCCUGCUCACUGAGAUAUGCACUUAUGGAAGAAUCCCCUACCCAGGGAUGACUAAUCCAGAGGUGAUCCGGUGUCUGGACAGGUUGUACAGGAUGCCAUGUCCUGAUGGAUGCCCUGGGGAACUCUAUGACAUUAUGAUGAUGUGCUGGAGGGAAAGGCCUGAGGACCGGCCGACUUUUGAAUUCCUUCAGAACACUCUCAAUGACUUCUUUAUUGCCACGGAGGGACAAUAUGAGAUGCAGCUGUGAAUAAAGAAAACAUUUCCUGUCGAUAACACGAUACGUGCCUUGGAUGCAAGAAGCGCAAGACCAACACGAUAUCCUCUUUUAAAUGUUUAAUUCCUUUUUUUGUAUAAAUAUAUAUAUUUUAAAUGGACACUUUUUUUUUACACCUAUCUGGAAUGUAGAAGAUAUUUAUGACUUCCUUCGUCACAUCUGCUAAGAGUCUUUUUUACUGACUAACUACAGCAGCCAUGGAGUAUGAGCAGACAUCAUGAGGACUGUUAAGACUGACACAUGAUGACGAAAAGGAAAAAGGAAAUACAAUAACAGCACAUGCAUGAUGUUUAAAAAGCCUUUGGACCUAUAGGAAAGACUACGGAGGUAAAGUAACAUUUUUAUGGUACAGAAACAAGCAGCCUGAGAUUUCAUGCACAACAUUUUGCACUAAUACAAAUACAUCGGAUGAAUAGGAGCGCUUCCUAAAGAGAAUUUUCAAAUGCACAAAUGUUUUUCUGUAAAUAAAUAUUCACAUUACUGAAAA